AAGAAGCACUUUUAAAAGAAUUCAGUUCCUCUGAAGCUCCACUUUUAAGAUGUCUGUGAUGACACAAGUUCAACGUUCUGAAAAUGAUGAAGAAAUUUAUACCAAAAAUCUGUGUAAAAAACCCUUUAAACCAGGUUUCACUGUUUCAAGUGAUUUUGCUGAGAUUGAAAGGUCAACAACACUGAAAGGCAAGUUGACCAAACAAGAGAUUUCCAAAAAGCCAAGUGUGCAUAUUGGAUCCGUUGGUGUAUCCGCAAGCGGUGUCAUAGGCAUGGCUGACACUAUUGACAGACCAGCGGCGACCACUGCAGAAGGGGUUUAUGUUAACACUGGUGCAUAUGCACUGGUAGUGAGAGAUAACCAGGAAAAACGACUCCCCAAGGCUGGAGCUUAUGCUGAAGCAGGAGUUGGUCGAGCUCGAGCUGAAUACAGUGUUUUUGAUGCAGAAGCUAAAGGCCCCAAUGCAUCAGCUGGAGCUGAAGCCAGUACAGCUCUAACAGCAGGAGCAAUGGCUCGAGCUGAAAUCGGCAGUGUAUCAGCUAAUGCUGGUCCAGUCGGUGUGAAACUAGGACUUGGAGUCGACACCGGUGCAUCUAUUGGUGUGGACGGCCUGGAGGUCAAAGUCCUGGGAAUUGGAUUCUCAGUUGGUCCAAGAACCAGUAUUUCUUUUCUGGGAUCAGAAGUGUCAUGUUCAGUCAUGUAGACAUACAGGUGGCUUUCAUUAGAUUACACCUGUUUGGAUCCAACCUUUGUGAAGAUUAAUGGACAUCAACAAUUGCAGAAGAUGACAACUAUAACGAUAACAAUCUUUGUACCCAUUAUAAAUCUUAUUCUCUGUUAUUUUCACAAGUCAGAGUUUUAAAAGUUUUACACUAAAUCCUAAUAAAUAUAGAGCUCACACUUUCUGUCAGCAAUCUGCAAAGCUCCUUGACUCACAUCUCUUCAAACUUCCUCUUUCUCAGGCGUUCCCAACUACCUAGUGAAUUAAAUUGGUCUGUGGAUUAUCUUUAGUCUCAUAUGUUCUCUUAAUAAUUGGAAUGCUGAUAUUACUGCUUAUUGACUAUUACAUUUUAAUUACAUUUAGUUACUUUUUCAAGUUAUGAUUCUCUUUAUUGAUUAUUGACAUUUUUAGAGCUUUAAUAAAUUUGCAUUUUACUACAAAGCCAAUCGUCUGACCUGGAUUCGAUUUUGCAUCAACUCCUAAUUCACAGGUGUCAAAUCCAGUUCCUGGAGGGCCGCGGCUCUGCACAGUUUAGCUUUAACCCUAAUUAAACACACCUAAUCAGACUAACUGAGUCCUUCAAGCUUGUUUGAAGCCUAUAGGUAAGUGUGUUAAAGCAGGGUUGGAAAUAAACUGUGCAGAGCAGCGGCCCUCCAGGAACUGGAUUUGACACCUGUGUCCUAAUUCAUAAAUUUUACAGUUGCAUUUUAUUCUACUUUUGCAAAGAUUCAGUUAUUGACAGUUGGUAGUAUUAAGCUGUUUAAGAUUGCAGAAAUCCCCUAUGACACAAUUCUCUAUUGGUCUAAAAACCAGUAUGCGUUUUGGGUUCAGAUAUUUAAAUUGUAUUUUGGUGAAAAUUAUUGUUAUACAUUUUUUGUGUAACAUAUUCAUUCAUUCAUUUAUUUUAUUUUCAGCUUAGUCCCUUUAUUAAUCUGGGGUCGCCACAACGGAAUGAACCGCCAACUUAUCCAGCAUAUGUUUUACUCAGCGGAUGCCCUUCCAGCUGUAACCCAUCACUGGGAAACAUCCACAAACACUCACUCACACUCAUACACUAAGGACAAUUUAGCCUACCCAAUUCACCUGUACCGCAUGUGUUUGGACUGUGGGGGAAACCGGAGCACCCGGAGGAAACCCACGCGAACGCAAGGAGAACAUGCAAACUCCACAGAGAAACGCCAACUGACCAAGCCGAGGCUCGAACUAGCGACUUUCUUGCUGUGAGGCGACAGCACUACCUACUGCGCCACUGCAUUGCCUGUGUAACAUCUUACUAUUAAAAACUGUAAUUUCUGACAUGGACAUUAAUCAAUGACUAACAAGAGAAUACUUGAUCAUUUUCUGUGACUAUGCAUAAUAAUCACAUGUAUUUCACACUGUAUAAAUAAAACUGAUUUGAAUGCU